CUUAUUACACUUGUGACAAAAUAUGGAAUCAAUUUCUAUGAUGGGAAGUCCUAAAGUCUUAAAUGAAUCUUUCUUACCAAAUGGCAGAAAUUACAUCAAAGACACCAGUAAGCUUACAGUUGGCAUAAUUGGAAGUGGGGACUUCGCUAAAUCCUUGACAACUAGGCUUAUCCGAUGUGGGUUUCAUGUGGUAAUAGGAAGCAGAAACCCUAAAUUUGUGUCGGAAUUCUUUCCCCAUGUUGUUGAUGUCACUCAUCAUGAAGAUGCUAUCGCAAAAGCAAACAUAAUUUUUAUCGCUAUACGCAGAGAACACUAUGCAGCUUUGUGGGAUCUCAAGCAUCUUCUUGUUAGUAAAAUCCUUGUAGAUGUCAGCAACAACAUGAAAAUUAACCAGUAUCCAGAAUCCAAUGCGGAAUACCUGGCAUCCCUUUUUCCAGACUCCUUUGUUGUUAAAGGGUUCAAUGUUAUUUCAGCAUGGGCAUUGCAAGUAGGACCAAAAGAUGCAAGCAGACAGGUUUAUGUAUGCAGUAACAACAUUCAAGCGCGACAUCAAGUUAUUGAACUUGCUCGUCAGCUCAGUUUUAUUCCUAUUGAUUUGGGCACUUUAUCAUCCGCAAGGGAGAUUGAAAAUUUACCUCUUCAGUUGUUCACACUCUGGAAAGGACCAGUUAUAGUGGCUGUUGGCCUAGCUACCUUCUUUUUUAUCUAUUCUUUUAUUAGAGAUGUAAUACAUCCUUACGUGAGAAAUCAUCAGAGUGAUUUUUAUAAGAUUCCUAUUGAGAUUGUGAACAAGACAUUGCCAGUUGUUGCAAUUACUUUAUUAUCUCUAGUGUAUUUAUCAGGGCUCCUGGCAGCUGCUUAUCAACUUUAUUAUGGUACUAAAUACAAAUCGUUUCCAUCCUGGUUAGAGAACUGGCUGCAGUGUAGAAAACAGCUUGGGUUACUUAGUUUUUUCUUUGCAACAGUUCAUGUUGUUUACAGCCUUUGCUUGCCUAUGAGGAGGUCAGAACGAUACCUAUUUUUAAAUGCAGCUUAUCAACAGGUCCAUGAAAAUAUUGAAAAUUCCUGGAAUGAGGAAGAAGUAUGGCGAAUAGAAAUGUAUGUUUCUUUUGGAAUAAUGAGCCUUGGGCUGCUUUCUUUGUUGGCUGUGACUUCCAUUCCAUCAGUAAACAGGUCAUUAAACUGGAGGGAAUUCAGUUUUAUUCAGUCAACCCUUGGAUAUGUCGCUCUUCUCAUAAGUACUUUCCAUGUAUUAAUUUAUGGAUGGAAAAGAGCCUUUGAAGAAGAAUGCUACAGAUUUUACACACCACCAAAUUUUGUUCUUGCACUUGUCUUGCCUUGCGUGGUCAUUCUUGGUAAGAUUAUUUUGCUUCUACCGUGUAUAAAAAGGAAACUGAGAAAGAUCAGAAGAGGAUUGGAAAAAAGACAAUUUAUACAUGAUGGAAAUGGAUCUGAUUCAUAUCCCUCACCAGAAAGAAUUACAAUCAUGUGAUCAUACAAUGAAAGUAUUACCACAAUGUUUUUUCCUUUAAAUGUCUGUAUUUAAUACUGUAUAGGUUUUAUUUUAGGCUGAAAUAUCUCAGGCAUUAAGUGAUAUUAUCAGAAUAUAAGCAAUACAGGUGAAAGCAGACAUUGCAUUUUCAGCAUAAUAGACAAGAACUAAUAUAUUUUGAAGGAUUUGAUUUGUGGCAAAUGUAAGCCACUUUUGCUAUUCCAAGACUGCAGAUUUAAACAAAUGUAGCAGAUAACAAGUUCCAUUGAAUUCAGAAAAAUUUACUCAGAAUAAAUCUCUUUCCGAUGAAUUUGCUUGCAACGUAUUAGAUGUAGUUUCAGUUAGCAUACAAGACCCAAUAAAAGGGCCUCACAGCCACAAUCCCACCCAUGCAGUCCUCUAAAAGUUGUCAGCAAUAAUUUACGCAACAGUUAAAAAAAUAAACAAAACAAUACGCUACCCUGCAACGAUUAUUAUAAAUUCAAUAAAACAUAAAUUGCAGUUGGUAAAUAUAAAUUGAAUACCCAAUUUAAUAAAACCAUUGCCAAUGCUCAUCACUAAUGCAGACCUCUAGGAACAAUGGCACAGCUAAAAGCCAGAAGGUAGUUACAAGUUCUUUAUUCUGGUCCUGCCUAUUCACCGGGGGUGGGUGGAGGUGAAUGUCUCAUAAAGGCCAAACUUCUUUCUUGCUUCAAACUACCUUUAAAGCUAUUAUAGAUUUCAGCACUUCAAAACAUAAAUCUAGCAAUUUAUAGCAAUUUUUACCUAAUUGCUUUUCUACUUUCUGGCUUGCAUUCUUAAUGCUCUGAUUAUUAGGCUAAAUAUGAGAUACAUUUGACAUCAUUCUCUGAUAUCAUUGGGCAUAGACCUCCUGAAGCAUUUUUUCCUUUGAUACAGCACUCUCUGCAGUGAAAGACGUAGCUACAUCUAGCCAUUAUUUAAAUUUCAAAUAGUACCCAAGCCAAAAAUACUAGAAAAUUGUGGAAAAUUAAAAAGUCAAGCAAUGCAACUGGGCUGGAGCACUGCCACUGGAUCCAGAUAAGGCCUGUUUUUCACUUGAAGGAAAGGGAAAACAAAAGUGCAGUUAUCUGGUAAAAUGAGAAAUAUAAAAUACAAUAUGGUGGUACUUCUACUUUGAAUCUGGGAAUUUCCUUGCUUCGGAACUGAUAUGUAAAAGUUUUUAUUUGAAAUUUUUAAGAAAGCCGUUAUAGAGUUGGUAUUUAUAACUGUGUUAUAAUUAAAAGCUAUUAAUUUCUUUUAAAUGUUAAAAAAAUCAAGCAUAACUAUUGGUCCAUAAAGCAAAUGCCUAGUUGAACAAUAGCUUUAUUAAAAUUCAACCAAAAAAGUAACAAUUGUUGAAAUCUCAAGACUGUUCAGCAAGCAACAUAUACUAUAAAGGGCAUUGAUGGCGAACCUAUGGCACGUGUGCCGUAGGUGGCACGCAGAACCCUUUGUUAAGGCA